UAGAGAAAUAUAUGGUAACAUAUUGCUAGUAUAAAUUUAAGGUAAGACCAAAAAAUAAUGAGUUAAAUGAAAAGGUCCAAACAACUUUUAUAGGUAGACUUUUUUAGACUCCUUCCCUUUUAAUAGUAUUGAUUAUUAUGUUUAAACCAAGAAAGCCAAUAAAUAUGUUUCAAAAAUACGAGUAAAAUUAUUUUGUUAUCAAAUAAGUAUUACAAAUAUUAGAAACUAUAUUCAAUUAGUAUUUCAAAUCAAAUACCAGCUGAAUUGAUUCUCAGUAUUAGAAUCAAAUAUCCAUUUAAUAAAAUAAUAACUUUUUAAUUUGUAAAAUGUUUAUGUUGAAAACCAUCCACUAGGUGCUUAUAUAAGUUAGAAAAUCUUUUCAAAAAUAAAAUAAAAAUAUAUAUAUAUUAGACUAACAUUUUAUAUAAUUUGAUUUUGACUUAGAUUGUAAAUACGAUAUCAAAGUGCUAUUAUUACAAAAAAAAAUUAUAUUUCAUAAUUUCAUCCAAAAUUUUAUAUUUUAUAUUUAGUUAAAACAGUUUUUCUACCAAAAAACAGUUUCGUUUAUUUUUUCAAUUUUUUUAAGAACAAAGACUCUGUUAUAGACUCCCACAGUAAGAAUGGCCUUUCACAAUACAUUUUCCAAUUGUAAAAUUUUUAGAAUCUAUUUCCAUCAAAAAACGGAAAAGAAACGUUAGGAGACAAUUCCAAAACACAUUCCAAUAUCAUUGCCAUUUUCUUUUGUCACGGCUUUGAUUUACUCUCCAGUCACUUUCAAUACCAAAAAGCAUCUUAGUUUUUUCCUUUUUUUUUUCCUGCUAAUAUACAGAAGGCUCACGUUCUGCCAAGUGCGCAACAGUUUCUCUUCUUCCCUUCACGGAUUUAAACAAUGAAUGCGCCGAAGUAAUCUCUUAUUUUGUCCAAUGUAUUUUCAUACAUAUUUCCUAUAAACCCGGCAAGAAAAAAAUCUGUUUUUUUUUUUCCGUAAAUCUCCAUAGAUACAACCUUCUUUUAUCUUUCCUUCUUCAGUUUAUGUUGCCUUAACCGUUUUAGGCAGAAAUAUUUCUUACAAGAACAAGAAAGCUUUGUCUUUUACCUCUUGUACAAACAAGUUUGUUUUUCCAGGAAGGUAAAGACAUAAUAGUAUCUUCACACUCCCAUGGCUACCAUAAACGAGAUUGGAGUAGCAGCAGCAAUAAAUAUAGUCACAUCAAUUGCUUUCUUGAUAGCUUUUGCAAUACUCAGGAUUCAACCAGUAAACGACAGAGUCUACUUCCCUAAAUGGUACCUCAAGGGCCUAAGAACUAGCUCUAUACAAACCGGUGGCUUUGGAAGCAAGUUCAUCAACUUGGACUUCAGGUCCUAUGUUCGAUUCCUCAACUGGAUGCCUGAAGCACUUAAAAUGCCUGAACCAGAGCUCGUUGAUCACGCAGGACUUGAUUCUGUUGUCUACUUGAGGAUCUACUUACUCGGGCUCAAGAUCUUUUUCCCCAUAGCUUGCGUUGCUUUUACCACAAUGGUGCCUGUUAAUUGGACAAACAAGGGAUUGGAUGGGUUGAAGCACUCUAAUAUAAGUUAUAGUGAUAUUGAUAAGCUCUCUUUGUCAAAUAUACCAAAUGGAUCAGACAGAUUUUGGGUGCAUUUGUGUAUGGCUUAUGCAAUCACCUUCUGGACGUGCUUUAUGCUGAAAAGAGAGUAUCAGAAUAUAGCUUUGAUGAGGCUACAGUUUCUUGCAAAUGACGAAAGGAGACCCAACCAGUUCACUGUGCUGGUAAGAAACAUUCCUGUAGAUCCUCAUGAAUCAAUCUGUGAACUUGUUGAGCAUUUCUUUAAGGUCAACCAUCCAGAUCAUUACCUCACUUUCCAGGCAGUCCAUGACGCAACCAAACUCUCUGAAUUGGUUCAGACAAGGAAACAAAUGCAGAAUCUGCUUGAUUACAAUAUUAACAAACACAUGAGAACUCUAACUAAAAGACCAGUAAUAAAGAUGGGUUUUCUUGGCUGUUGCGGUGAAGAAGUUGAUGGAAUCAAGUACUACACGUCAAUGGUCGAGAGUCUAACAAGAGAAAUAACUGAGGAGAAACAUAGGUUAAGGACCGGGACAAAGUCGAUAGUUCCUGCAGCUUUUGUGUCUUUCAAGAGCCGUUGGGGAGCAGCGGUUUGUGCUCAAACUCAACAGUCAAGAGAUCCAACAGAGUGGCUAACCGAGUGGGCUGCAGAGCCAUGUGACAUCUACUAUGACAAUCUAGCAUUGCCAUAUGUCGACCUUAAGAUAAGGAGGAUAAUAGUGGCCGUGGCAUACUUCUUCCUCACCUUCUUCUUCAUGAUCCCAAUAGCAUUUGUACAGUCGCUGGCCAACAUCGAAGGGAUAGAGAAGAAUUUUCCAUUCUUGAAACCCCUUAUUGAAGUGAAGUUUUUCAAGUCUAUCAUUCAAGGCUUCCUUCCAGGGAUUGCACUGAAGAUAUUUCUCAUGUUGCUCCCAAGAAUAUUGAUGCAAAUGUCGAAAUUCGAAGGUUUUAUCAGCACAUCCUCAUUAGAAAGAAGAGCAGCAAGUAGAUUCUACAUGUUCCAGUUCAUCAAUGUUUUCCUCGGAAGCAUUGUCACCGGGACUGCCUUUCAACAGCUAAACAGCUUCCUUAACCAGUCUGCAAACGAUAUUGCAAAGACAAUUGGCGUCUCAAUUCCAAUAAAAGCGACCUUCUUUGUAACAUAUAUAAUGGUGGAUGGAUGGGCAGGAGUUGCUGGGGAGAUACUGAGGUUGAAACCUCUCAUAAUCUAUCAUCUAAAGAACUCUUUCCUGGUUAGAACAGAGAAAGAUAGAGAAGAAGCAACUGAUCCUGGAACCAUAGGAUUCAACACCGGUGAGCCUCAAAUACAACUCUACUUCCUUCUUGGUCUUGUUUAUGCAGCAGUUAGCCCUAUCCUUCUUCCCUUUAUCAUCCUCUUCUUCGCCCUGGCUUACGUCGUGUACCGUCAUCAGGUUAUAAACGUGUAUAACCAAAAGUAUGAGAGCGCAGGGAAGUUCUGGCCUGACGUUCACAGGCGUGUGGUGACCGCACUGAUCGUUUCGCAGCUUCUCUUGAUGGGUCUACUAAGCACGAAAGGAGCUCAUAAGUCUACUCCUUUGCUUCUUGUGCUUCCGGUUCUAACCAUCGGUUUCCACAUUCACUGCAAAUGCCGUUACCAAUCUGCCUUUGUCACAUAUUCUUUAAAGGAAGCCAUGAUUAAAGAUACACUGGAGCGCACACGUGAGCCAAACCUAAACCUCAAGGCUUUCUUUAGAAAUGCGUACGCCCAUCCAGAGUUCAGAGUUGGAGAAAAUCUGGAUCUAGAGAUGGCCAUGGAGAAGCCUGAUAAGCUGCCAGAGCUAGUGGCCACUAAGCGUGGCUCAUGGAGGAACACUUCUUUGCCUAGCAAGCAUAGCUGACAUUAUUAUUCAACAGAUCUUGCUUUUCAACAUUUUAACUGUGAUUCUUUUAUGUUCUUGUACAUAUGAACAAUUGUAUUAAAUGCAAGGUGAAAAAUACAAUUGAAGAAGCACACGAGACGUUACAGUUUUAGAAUUGUAGCAACGACCCAGUAAAAACAUUGACCUUAUGGAUAACCAAAAUUUUCUCUCAGGAAAUCAAAUCCAAAUUAAAUGAAAGUAUUAAGAAAAUUUAACGAAUGUAGACUUCUAAUUCCUUGGUAACAACAAAAUUAUCAAUUUAUUAUAUUUUACAUUUUGUAGUAGAUCAUUCGAGAGAACUGCCCUUAUCAUAUAUGGAGAGAAAAAAAAAAACAGAAGUUUCCGGGAAAAUACCGAAUUUAUUAUGUUCCAUUUAAAGGCUAGCAGCGACGUAGAUAUACGACGCGCUAUCGUAACAAAUCCUGACCGCUCAUCUCGCCAAAUGACUCACCUCCUUGGAAAAUAUAUAAACCUCAAAAGCUGUAUUUCCAUCUUUUUCCAAAAAAAUCAAUUAUCUUCCUCCUCCAGAUCUGUCUCGAAGACCGUUUACCAAAUCCGCCUGAGCCAUGGAGAAACCGUACGGAUACGCGAGCGUGAGCAUGAGCGGCGUAGAUCGCUCCGCCGGGAAGGAUAUCGAUCUUGAGAUGGGAGAGGCGACGCUCUACCCUGGGCUAAGCUACGGCGAGAAUCAACUCCGGUGGGGAUUCAUCCGCAAGGUCUACGGGAUCCUCUCCGCCCAGCUCCUCCUAACCACGCUUAUCUCCGCCGUCGUCGUCCUUAAUCCUCCGGUCAACGAUCUCCUAACCGGAUCUCCCGGACUUCUCCUCUUCCUCUGCAUCAUCCCUUUCGUCUUGAUCUGGCCUCUGCACGUUUACCACCAGAAGCAUCCUGUUAACCUCAUCCUCCUUGCCCUCUUCACUAUCUCCUUGAGCUUCACCGUUGGUGUCAGCUGUGCUAUGACAGAAGGUUCAAAUUCUAGUUUCCUCUAUUGUCAUUAGAACUUCGAAAUUCUUAUAACAAUCUAUUUUCUGUUUUCAUCAGGAAGAAUCGUCCUUGAAGCCUUGAUAUUGACACUGUCCGUGGUCGGAUCUCUAACCGCAUACACUUUCUGGGCUGCAAAGAAAGGAAAAGACUUCAGCUUCCUUGGACCCAUUCUCUUCACCAGCCUCAUCAUUCUUGUAGUGACCAGCUUCAUGCAGAUGUUCUUCCCGCUUGGCCCGACCUCUGUUGCAAUAUAUGGAGGAGUCAGCGCGCUGGUGUUCUGCGGAUACAUAGUCUAUGAUACCGACAAUCUCAUCAAGCGUUUCACAUAUGACGAAUACAUCCUCGCAUCGGUGGCUCUCUACUUGGACAUCCUCAAUCUCUUCUUGACCAUAUUGCGUAUUUUGAGGCAAGGUGACAACUGAAGGAAGCCAUACAAGAUGAGGCUUCUGUGAUGGGAUUUACAUUUUGUGUAUAUCUGACUUAUGUUUCGAGUUUUUUAUUUUACUAUAUGCUGCUAUGUGGUUAAACUGUUUGGUAAAACAAAAUCAAUUGAAGUCAAAUUUUCAAUGUUAAAUAAAUUUGGUAGAUUUUAA